CGCGUCGUCCGCGCUACUCUAAUUUAGGGUUCUUGACUCUUCCAGGAUUUUAGGGCUUUUCAUCCAUGGCGCUCUCCAACGUUGGGAUGCCGCAGGCCUCGACGCGGAUCUACAAGGAGGAGUGCUGCCUCACGUUCGACACGCCGAAAUCCGAUGGAGGCCUGUUCGUGGAUCUCACAUCGUUUCUGGCGUUCGGUCGCGAGCAAGCAAUGUGGAAUUUCAAGAAAACCGGGAGUUCGGUCUAUCUCCAUAUCAAGCACACGCUGAAAGAAUCCGACGAGGAGGAUGAUCGCCCUCACAAGAAACCCACGCUUCUCGCGAUAGGAGUCGAGGGUGGCUUUGAAACUAAGGAGCCGGAGUAUGACGAGACUUUGAGCAUCGUGAUACUUCCGGAUUACCAAACUCUACCGCUAUCCAGUGCCGAGCUUCCAGAGAAGGUCAGAUUGUGCGUGGACGCCGUCGUCCAAUCUGUGGGUGCCGAGCGGAAGGAGCAAGUCUCUGCUUGGACUGCUGAUAAGAAGCAACUGAGCAUCUACGCACAGAGCUUGCAGCAGCUAAACAACGGUGUACGCGUUCCUCCAAGCGGAUGGAAGUGCCAGAGAUGUGAUAAGCAAGAGAAUCUUUGGCUCAACCUCACUGACGGAUCCAUUCUCUGCGGGCGACGGAACUUUGAUGGCACGGGAGGCAACAACCACGCCUUGGAGCAUUAUGCCAAUGUGAAGUAUCCUCUAGCCGUGAAGCUUGGUACCAUAACAGCAGACUUGGAAACUGCAGACGUUUUCUCAUAUGCCGAGGACGAUACUGUGACCGAUCCCUUGCUUGCACAACACUUGGCACACUUCGGCAUAAACUUUGCAGCACUAAAGAAGACGGAAAUGACUACGGCUGAAAGAGAGUUGGAUCAAAACGUAAAUUUCGAUUGGAAUCGCAUUCAAGAGAAGGGAAAGGAGCUAGAGCCGUUAUUUGGGCCAGGGUUCACGGGGCUUGUGAACUUAGGAAACAGCUGCUACUUGGCAUCAGUUUUACAGAUCAUCUUUGCAACUCGGGAUUUUCAGCUGCGAUACUACGGUAAUCUCAAGCUGGACGACGCGUUCCAGCUAGCUCCCGCAGAUCCAACUCAGGAUUUGAACACGCAGCUGUCCAAACUAGGCCAUGGUUUGCUAUCUGGCAAAUAUUCAGAACAACCCGAGGUUCAGGGCACUGAUAAGGAGGUGGCUAACCAGUUUCAGAAGGGGAUACCGCCACGAAUGUUCAAAUCAUUAAUUGGCGCUGGUCACCCUGAGUUUGCGAGUUCUAGACAGCAGGAUGCAUUUGAAUUCUUCCAAUAUUUUUUGGAGCAAGUUGAGCGUGGAAAUGUUGCAAACCCAAACGAAGACCCGUCCCGUUGUUUCAAGUUUCUGGUUGAGGAGCGAAUUGUUUGCUGUUCCUCGGGGAAGGUGAAGUAUACAAAACGCGUGGACAAUGCAUUGUCGCUUACACUUCCUUUGGAUGCUGCAACUAACAGAGAUGAGGUUGCAGCAUAUGAAAAGAUCACGUCGGAGGGUGGGAAUUCUGGAGAAAAAAUAGAGGUUGUACGACCAAGAAUUCCCUUGUCAGCAUGCUUGGAUAGAUUUGCUGCCCCUGACGAGGUGGAGUUCUACAGUACUGCCGUAAACGCAAGAACUACAGCUCUCAAAAUGACAAGUUUGGCGACGUUUCCAACAUACCUUCUUCUUCACAUGCGUAAAUUCCAGUUGGAUGCUUCAUGGGUUCCUAAAAAACUUGAUGUCUUCCUGGACGUUCCGGACACCAUCGAUAUCAGUCAUAUGCGUGGCAAGGGACUCCAACCCGGCGAGGAGUUGCUUCCUGAAGCAGAUGAUGAAGCCGAGGGACCUGUAGCUGACGAGGCUAUAGUCUCGCAACUGAUGGACAUGGGCUUUCCUCGCGUUCGCUGCGAGAAGGCCGCGAUUUUUACGUCCAACCACGGAGCAGAACCGGCAAUGGAGUGGCUGUUGUCUCACAUGGACGAUCCUGAUAUCGACGUGCCUUACAGCCACAGCUCAUCCAACGCCAACGUGGACGAGAACGCUGUGCAGUCCCUGGUUGCGUUGGGCUUUUCUGCCGAUCUUGCUCGGAAAGCUCUCAGAGCGACGGGCGGUCGCACGGAGGAUGCAGCAGAGUGGAUCUUCAGUAAUUCUGACGAUGCCAAUGCGAUGGAGCUCGAUGUAGGAGGUUCGAGCACUCCCUCAUCCUCGGUUCCACACGACUUACCGGAUGGCUCUGGAAAGUACAAGCUAAUGGGCUUUGUGAGCCAUAUGGGAUCUUCAACACUGUGUGGCCACUACGUUGCCCAUAUUCUGAAGGAAGGGCGAUGGGUGAUUUUCAACGACGGAAAAGUGGCGCUCUCGGGUGAUCCUCCCAAGGACAUGGGCUACCUCUACGUCUUCCAACGUGUCUAGACUUUUUCUUCAUUGGUAAAAGGAGAGAAAGGAGCGGCGUUUCUUGUAUUUUCUUUCUGAUUUUUUCUUUUCUUUUUUCUUUUUUGUUUUGCAUCCCUCACUCACAACGUGAACGCAAAUGGAAGCUACUUUCAUUCGACUGUUUUCUUAUGUUCUGUCCCUGUUUUCUGCAUUUCAAGUAUCCAUUUGUGUUUUUAACUUCUUGCAAGCUUUUUACAACUGGAGGAAGAAGAUGAUCAUGAUCUUGAAAGAGCAAAGCUUGAUUCUCUU